CUCUCGUGGUGACGAAAUCGCAACACAAGACCUCUCGCGACGACAUUUUGGUGGAAAUGUUGAUCCCAAGAGGGCUCGCGACUCGACACUGCGUUCGCCUCGAGUUGGGCGACGACUCGCGCCUCCACUACAGAGGCGAAGGCAACGCAGCAUUGGUUGUGGCCGUCAGUGACGUCAGUGACGUCAUCGCCGAGCAGACCGUCAUUCGUCUCUUCAAACAGACGCCGGACACGCCUUGCGAGGGAUCGGCCAAUCGGAUCGCAAGACAGAUCCAGUUCGUCGAAUCGGUGAUCGCGCCCGCCCUCAGCCCCGCCUUCCACUGUCCGCCGCGUCUCGCGCUCCUCUCCGAAGAUCAGAUCCGCGCCAUCGACCGUCUCGUGCGCGACAAACGGCCGCGCUUCCGUCUCGCGAAAGGGAUCGUCACGUGUGGCGACACUUACGCCCUUCUGCUCGAAGACUACUGUUGGCUUCCGACUUGUCUUCGGAGGAGAGGAUUCGCGACCGAAGGACCGGUAGUUUGCGUCGAGAUUAAGCCGAAACAGGGAUUCCUUCCCAAACCGGAAGUGCUCUCCGAAGAACUCAGAGUCAAGGCUCGCGUUUGUCGCUAUUGUUUGAAGCAAUUCCGCAAACUGUCGAAGCACUCGAUCGCGCGCCGCUCGCAAUACUGUCCCCUCGAUCUGUUCAGCGGAUGUCCGCACAGAACGCAGACGGCGUUGAGAGCGCUCGUAGAAGACCCGCAGAACAACUUCCGCGUCUUUCGCGACGGGCGUCACGUGUUCGGUGACGACACCAACUUCGCCCUCCCAACCCUUUUGCGCGACUUUUGCGGCCAAUCGGAGGCCGACGUUGUGCCCGCCCUCUGCCGACUGCUGGCCAAUGCGCUCGCUCUGCGCGUUGACGUCAACCGCAAACGCCCGCCAAUGAGUGCGCCGGCCGAGGAGUGCGCGCUCCACCCGCACCGCUGUGCGUGCAAUGGGGGUGGAGAGCACGCGCUGGCCGUGGGCUCCGUUCUGGAGGCCGUUCUUUGGGCGCAACGCUUGGAUUGCGUGGACUCGAAGUUGGCCUCAGAUAUGUUGCGAACGAUGAGUGAAAAGGAAAACAACAAUUUCUUGCACUUCUCGUGUCCGCCGAACGCCAAAGAACUCGUUCGCGAAGACGUUCCGCACGAGUCGGAGCUCGAGUCCCUCCAGAGAAAGGUCUACCAGUUUCUCGUGUCGUUAACGGCGAAAGACUGCUCCAUAAUGAUCGCAAUGCAGAGACUGCGCGCCAAUGAGGACGUCUCUCAAGUUCCCGAAUGCCAUCUGUUGUCGGACUCGCGGAACAAGUAUUUGGUUUCGAUUCGCGUCACAGAUUUGGACGAAAAGGAGACGAAGAAGAUCGAGAGGACGCUUCUGAAGGACCGCCGAAUGAUUAGCGCCUAUAAUGCCUAUAAUAGCGCCCAAAGCCUGUUGUGAAGCCUUUGUUUACUAGUCUUUGAAAUUUUAAAGUCACUUAAUAUUGAGUUUUAUUUAUUCGUAAAACCAUUUUAUUCUCGUUUUCAAUGAAAUCCUA